AUGGCUGUAUGUGAACAGAGCGGUGAAUCAAGACUCUUUGCGGAGCCUGAUGAGUUUGGCCUAAGCUCUGGCGAACCACCAGAGGGGCUGUAUUCCGGUACGUUCUUUUCCUCAAAGAACUACCCUUUACCGUUGACCGAUGGUGAGGUCGGCAUAAUUUGCAAGUCACAGCCGCCCUCCGUCGUACUACACUAUGCAACCCUAGAUAUCAACGAGGCUACUUCCAAGUCCUCACUACCCGCAACGAUGGACGUCAUUCAAGAUCAAGAGGGGUGGGAAGCCCAGACAAUAGAAUCUUUUGACAAGAGGGGAUACGCUGUCAGCAGCAGACGCUGUCUCGAAGCAACUCCAUAUUCAAGAGUUUGGUACGGACUAGACACCCUGACGCUCAUGUACCGCCCAGAAAACAUGGAUAGUUCUCAAGAUGCGUUCUAUAUAAGAGAAGAGCUAGUGGGGGCAGGGUUAACGCCAGAACUUUGCAGCCGGCAGAUUACUUUUAAACCCAAGGCUCUCAAAGAGACAGCAUCAGUCGUCAGAUCACCGUCUCUACAUAUCGUUGUGAGCUAUUUACCCAUCUCGCUCGAUAUCCUCUUCGCCCAUAUGGAUUCAUUCUCCAUGGCCAGCUGGCCGCCUUUCCUACAGGCCAUAUAUGCCAAUUCCUCUUCUGUCAACUCCACGACAUCGUUCCCAGAUGGCAUGAUAGAUAUCUUCCUCGCCUCCACUGCCUCGGCGUCGCCUCUGCUCCAGUUCUUCAUCUUCGUCUACCGCCGCAUUGGCGAGCAGCUCGGUCUGGACCCUUCUGUGCUGCUAACCAUUUGCGGUGUCCUGUGGGCUAUUCAUAAGCUAUACACACAACUCUUGAAUAUGAUUGGGAAUAUUAUAAACAAGUAUUGGAGAUGCACAGUGACCAUCCCUAAGAGAGAUCCGAUUUAUGAUCACAUGAUGCAGUUUCUGGCUGGAAAGUUGACCACGAAUAGCCGACAUCUUGCUGUUAAGACUUUGUGGAAGAGCGUCUGGGAGAAGGGCGAGAAUGACGACGUGGCGAAAUGUGCAGCAGUCACUAUCGCCUCCGAUGGAAAUAUCCCCCUCAAGCUUCACAACUUUGCUGACGAGGCUGCUCGAAGCAAACCUCGCUACAUUCCUUCCAUAGGAACCACCGUAUUCUAUCACAACGGAGUCUGCUUCACGUUUCUCCGCCAGAAAGAGGCGAUGACGACAGGCGGCAUACCCAGCGUCAAUGCUGAGGAGCUCAAAAUCAGCUGCCUUGGCAGAUCAAAUGAACCUAUUAAGGGGCUGCUCGCAGACGCCAAGUUAGCUUACUACAAAGAGACCGAGAACAAGACGACGAUCUUCCGGCCCCAAAUGAAGGCUGACCGCCCGGAGGGAUCCCGGAUGUGGCAGGUGGUUUCACGACGCCCGAUUCGGCCCAUGAAAACUGUCGUCCUCGAACAGGCAGAGAAGCACAAGGUUCUUAAGGAUAUGAACGACUACCUGGACCCCGAAGCUUACAAGUGGUACGCCAGCCGCGGCGUUCCUCUUCGGCGAGGAUACCUUUUCCACGGCCCUCCAGGAACAGGGAAAAGCAGCUUCUCUUUUGCUCUGGCUGGCAUCUUUGGAAUCGAUAUUUAUGUUAUCAGUCUGCAAGAUCCUACUCUGAAUGAGGAGAGUCUGGUCUUUCUGUUGACCAACCUGCCACGGCGCUGUAUUGUGCUCCUGGAGGAUAUUGACACGGCGGGACUUCGUCGACCUGACGAUCCUGUGCUAGAGAAUGAGUCUGAAGACGGCAUUGUGGGCGUGACCGAGGAAAAAAGACACCGAAGCAAAAAGAGAUCUUCCCCAAUCACUGCCCAUGAUAUAUUUCCUCAAGGGAUCUCGCUCUCUGCUCUUCUCAACGCUAUCGAUGGUGUCGCCUCGCAUGAGGGCCGCGUCCUCAUCAUGACGACGAACAAGCCUGAGGCCCUCGAUGAGGCCCUCGUCCGGCCAGGCCGCAUUGACAUGCAGGUCGCCUUCAAGCGCGCAUCGCGCAAGCAGGCGACGGAGCUGUUCGGCCGAAUGUACGAUGGUUCCCAGCCCAAACCCGAGCAGGCAGAGACCGCAGAGGGCGAGACCGAACACAUCGUGGCCGUUGACAGGGCAGAGGAGCUUAGCUCGCUAUCUGAGGAGUUUGGAAAGUUAAUCCCCGAGGAGGUGUUUUCGCCGGCGGAGAUCCAAGAGUUCCUGCUCAAGAGGAAGGAUGACCCUCUCAAGGCCUUGGCUGAUGUUGCGCAUUGGAUCGAGGCCUCUGUGCAGCAGAAGGAGUCCAAGUCUAGGGUCACAACCGUGCAGUAG